GGAGGCUGGAGGAGGGACAGAGCUCAGCAGCAUCGGCCGUUCCUGUUAGUCGUGGUCCAAUCUCCGUCCCUCGCUCAGCCAAUCAGCAGUAUUUGACAGCAGGACUGCUACACAUCAUGUGUCACUAUGAAGAUAUCUGAGGGCAGCACGUUGGAAUCUGUCUUCUCUGUCUGCCUCCAUUAAAACACAGCCCUAGAGCACCAUGGGAGGCGUGGUGGUGGACGAAGGUGCAGGGGGGGUGAAGGCUCCAGAUGGAGGGUGGGGCUGGGCGGUGCUGGCUGGCUGUUUUGUCAUCACAGGCUUCUCCUACGCUUUUCCUAAAGCGGUCAGUGUCUUUUUCAAAGAGCUGAUCAGGGAGUAUGGGGUGGGAUACAGCGACACUGCCUGGAUCUCCUCCAUACUGCUGGCCAUGCUCUAUGGCACAGGUCCACUGUGCAGUGUGCUGGUGAACCGCUUCGGCUGUCGUCCGGUGAUGAUGGUGGGCGGCCUCUUUGCCUCUCUGGGAAUGAUCCUGGGCUCUUUCUCCACCAGCAUCAUCCACAUCUACCUCACUGUCGGGGUCAUUACAGGUUUGGGGUUAGCCCUGAACUUCCAGCCGUCUCUGAUUAUGCUCAACCGCUACUUCAGCGAGAAGCGUCCUCUGGCCAAUGGGCUAUCAGCAGCAGGAAGCCCUGUGGCCCUGUGCUGCCUCUCACCACUGGGCCAGGUCCUCCAGUACCAGUACGGAUGGAGGGGGGGCUUCCUCAUCUUGGGUGGCAUUCUACUCAACUGUUGUGUGUGUGGGGCCCUCAUGAGGCCUCUGGUCGCCCCCAAGACGCUGAAGGCUAAGGAACAGGAGCAGGAAAACGAUGAAGGAACAGAGGAGGCAGAGAAGAAGAAGAAGCCCAAAGCCAAACUGCUGGACUUCUCUGUGUUCAAAGAUUGUGGGUUUGUCAUCUACACUGUGUCGGCAUCCAUCAUGGUGCUGGGGCUGUUUGUGCCUCCAGUGUUUGUUGUGAGCUACGCUAAGGAGCUGGGGAAUGAGGACACCAAAUCGGCUCUGCUGCUCACUAUCCUGGGCUUCAUUGACAUUUUUGCACGGCCCACGUGUGGCGUGAUUGCCGGACUGAAAUGGGUUCGGCCUCGCUGCGUCUACCUCUUCAGCUUUGCUAUGAUCUUCAAUGGAGUCACGGACCUGAUCGGAUCACAGGCCAAGGACUAUGUCUCGCUGGUGGUCUUCUGCAUCUUCUUUGGCAUAUCCUACGGCAUGGUGGGUGCGCUGCAGUUUGAAGUUCUCAUGGCAAUAGUUGGUACUGAGAAGUUCUCCAGUGCCAUAGGCCUGGUCCUGCUCAUGGAGGCCAUUGCUGUGCUGGUGGGGCCACCUGGUGCAGGCCGGCUUCUUGAUGCCACCAAGAACUACAUGUAUGUCUUCCUGCUGGCAGGAAGCGAGGUGGUCCUCUCAGCUGUGGUUCUGGCUACUUGUAACUUCCUGUUUAUCACAAAGAAGCCCUCAGAGCCAGCAGACAAGCUUGAAAACAUCACGGUGACAGACGACGCCAUGACCGAGGUGUGCGGCAAACCUGCAGUGAUGAAUGAUGAGGAUGAGAAAGGGGCAAGAGAGGAGAAAGAGAAGGAGACAAAGAACGAGGUGAUACCAGAGUUAAAGGAGGAGGAGAAGGAGGAAACAGACAAGGAGACAGUAGAGGAGGCCAGACCAGAGAGUGUAACAGUGGACUCAGAGAAAGUGGAAAGGUUCUUGAAAGAGCCACAACAAAAUGGGGACACGGCUGUCAGCUCUGAAACAUGCCUGUGAGCAGGGAUGGACACUGAACGAAAUUAUGCUUGCAGGCUAUACUCAUUGCUUCUUUAUUUCUUUUUUUAAAUAACCCAAAGGCAGGAUGAAGUGUAUUACAAGUGUUCUAAUGAGCACUGUAUUGGAUAGUUGUGCUUUCCUCAUCAUUCAGUGUUUAAUCCGGAUUUUCAUUUCUUUCCUUUGCAGGGUGCUUUUUGGUGUCACUGCCAUAUGAAAUAGUAAUAGCCAUAUUUUAU